UUUGACAAUUCUUUUAAUUCGAUCUCUCUUUAUAUUUUCACGAGUAUGGCUUUGAGAGCAACGAGGUGUUGGAGAUCAAUGGUCAAUGGACUGAGAGGUAACCGGUCAUAUGCAACCGCUGCCGAAACUUUUCACGCUAAUGACAAGCCAAGGAGCUCUUUGAGGGGUGAGUUCGCACCAAUCUACAUGAUGUUCGGGAUGAUAAUGGUGGCCUUGACGAUUGGUGCGCACACGGCCAAGCAACAACUGGUUCACUCCCCAGCGGUUAAAGUGAACAAGAAGAGGAGGGAAUCGAUGCAGGAGGUGGACAAUCCGGACGCUGUGGUGGGUUCUGCAGACAAGUUUGUGAACAAGUCUUUCUUGAGGAAAGUGGCUCGCAUCCAGGACCACCAGGUCCUCCGUGAUUCUAUGCGCCCCGACCCUUUCACUCGCUCUCGAGAUGUUGAGACAUUGAAAUCAGCUGGAGUCCGUACAAGCAGAAACUGAGCCAGGCUAGGGUUUUCAUUUCAAUGCUGCCUUCCAUUGAAAGUUGAUGAUAUGAGUUUGUUUGUUUUUCUGAUGUGUGUUGAGGAAGAGGGGGGGUGUCUCAUUGUAAAUAGCAUUUCAUAUUCUACUACUACUACUGCCUUUCAGCAUUUGUUAUCUUUAUUCCUUGCGUUGCAGACUUCUUGUAGAACCCAUCAGUUCAACAGCUUUGAAUGCUGUAAUGUCAUUGUACAUAUUGCUUGUUAUUUCUAACUCUAAACAGGGUAAUGUGAUUUCAAUCCCUUGUAUUUACUUGAUU